CCUGUUUAGUUGUUUACUGUAGGACAAGAUAAUAGAUAUAGUGCCAAGCUCUGCGUGAGAAGGGCAGUGGCAGGCUUGAUAUAGGGGGGUUUCUCAACGUAAAGUUGUAGAAUAAGGACACUUUUAGUGCCAAACUUUAUGUCAUGCACAAUUACAGUGAUGAGGUGGCAUUUAGUGACAAUUUUUGCGUAUGGUACAAAACUUUCUGUGAUAUUAGUAUUUCCAUACUUGCUGUGGCUUGAGCAGGAAUUGUGCAGAAAAUAGUGUCAGCAUAACGUUGUUUGGCUUAGGCACGAGCACAACGCCGUGUAUGGAGCAGAGAAGUUAAAUAAAGUAGUGUGUAUGGUAUAGCGCCAUAUUUACUGUGGCUGUGCUUGUGUCAUUUAUAUUGGUACAGGAUAGUGUAAGGCUUUGUAUAAGACUUGUGGGCCAGAAGUGGUGUCAUGGCUCUGUGGCUCCGCACUUGUUCCCAUCUGGUCCGGAGGAACUGUAUUCGUUUGACUCAGGAGCCUCACGUCAGGCCGCUAGCAGUGUGUAGUGGGCAUAGGGGCUUCGCUGUAUUAGCUUCUCAGUCUGAUCCAAGCUUUGGUUUUCUGUUUGAUAUUGAUGGAGUCCUAGUAAGGGGCAGAAACCCCAUCCCAGGGGCAGCUGAAGCUUUUGGGAGACUGUUGGGUCAUGAUGGAAAGCUGUCCGUGCCUGUUGUAUUUGUGACCAAUGCAAGUAAUUGUCUGCGCCAUGAAAGAGCUGCAGAGCUAAGUACGGUGCUUGGAAUCGAGGUUUCAUCAGAUCAGAUUAUUCUGUCUCACAGCCCACUGAGGAUGUUUCAGCAGUUUCAUGACAAGUGUGUUCUGAUGUCUGGCCAAGGUCCUUUAGAACAGAAUGCCAGAGAUCUGGGAUUCAGGAAUGUGGUUACUAUUGAUGACCUGAGGUCGGCAUACCCCAUGCUGGACAUGGUGGAUCACAGUCGCCGGCCUAAGAAACUGCCUCCUGUCAGCCCAGACUUUCCUGCAAUAGAAGCUGUAGUACUCCUGGGUGAGCCAGUCCGAUGGGAAACCAGCCUGCAGCUAAUUCUGGACGUACUGCUGAGUUGUGGGAAGCCCAUAGAAUGGAUGCCCCAGGCUCCCUAUCCACAUAUCCCAGUCCUGGCCUGCAACAUGGACCUUCUGUGGAUGGCUGAGGCUAAGAUACCUAGAUUUGGUCACGGCACGUUCCUUGUCUGCCUGGAGACUUUAUAUCACAAGCUCACUGGGAGGGAGCUCAAAUAUGAAUUCCUGAUCGGGAAACCCAGUACAGUGACAUACUGCUUUGCUGAGCAUCGUAUCCUGAAACAGGCAAUGGAGAAAGGAUGGAAGAAACAUAUCCGGACCCUGUAUGCUGUAGGGGAUAAUCCAAUGACUGAUAUAUAUGGUGCUAACCUAUACAAUCAGUACUUGCAGAGUGCACCUUCUAAGGCUGGGCAGCCACAGAGUUGCAGUUCUAUCCUAGUGUGUACGGGAGUGUAUGGAAAUCAAGGAACAGUGCCCCAAGACUCACAAGAGAGUGUCAAGGAGACUGUUUUUCAUGGGCACCGAGACGUCCGACUUGAUCCCAGCCUGGUCGAGGCAUCAUAUGUAGUGCAAGAUGUGGGUCAGGCUAUAGAUCUGGUGCUAAGAAAAGAGAACUGGAUUUCUAACGGUGAAAUAGUUGAUAGCACAAUUCCAGGAGUUAGAAAAUGAGUUGCAUAUAGAGGCUGGUCCUUAAAAAGAAAACAGUGGAGCCCAUGAGCGCGGGUGUGAAUGCUGCCAUAAGAAUACAGAAUUGGGACUUGUUCUGUUUUACUGGAGCAGGGGAUAGCUUGCUACCAGGACUAACGGUAGAGUUUACAGAUUCUAAUCUACCCAUUGUCAGGGAAACAAAACGUGAAGCGUUAAAGGGACAUUGUACACUAGAUUUUUCUUUGCAUAAAUGUUUUGUAGAUGAUCCAUUUAUAUAUCCCAUCUGGGAAUGUUUUGUAACAAUUUAUAGUUUUGCUUAUUUUUAAAUAACAUUGUGCUGAUUUUCAGACUCCUAAGCAAGCCCCAAAGUUUUAGAUGUAUAUUGAUGUUUGCAGACUCUUGUUUGUGUAAUGGGUCUUUUCAUAUGCAGGGAAGGGAGUGUCUGCCUUUCUUGCUUUCCCAGCCCAUUUUUAUGGGUGUUCCAACCUAACCUCAUCAACGGUGCUAAACUGGGAGCUUCUAAGUACGUUUUUAAAAGGUUUUAUACUGGACUUUUAUAUCAGUAUCUGUGCAUAUUCUUCUUUAUAGUACUGGCUAUUACAUGCAGUUAUAUGAAAAUUAGUGUAAACUGUCCCUUUAACUAAAUACUGGGAUUUUUAUACAUUUUAAACAUUUUAUUAUGUUUUUCUAGAUAGAUGUUUCAAAUGUUUUUUGAACUUUUGUUUGGAAAACAAUGGCUAUUUUACUGUAAUUUUAUUUUAAUACAUGUGAGAAUUUGAGCACAUAUUAAUGGGACAUUAAACACUUUGAGAUAGUAAUACAAAAUUUAUAAUUUCAUUAUUUAUUUUGUCCCCUUUUCCUUUAAUUCCAUUAUGAAAUUGUGAGCUUUUUAGCUCUGGUUGGAAAAGGAGGUGCAGAACACUGUUAUAUUUUACACAACCAUUGGCUGUACACUCUAGUGACCUAUUUAUAACUGUCCCUAAUUGGCCACAGCAGAGAUGGUAACCUAAGUUACAACAUGGCAGCUCCCAUUGUUUUAUAGACACUAAAACUUUACACUUAUUUUGUCAAUAUUUUAACAUGUAACUUUAAAAAAUACAUCAACAUGUUAGUCAUAGACUAAUCUUUUCUUUAAAUGAAUCAUUCUAUCAAGCAUUUAUUUAGCUUUUAAUGUCCCUUUAAAGCAUCUAAAUUAUAUAUUUAUUUAUCAGGAUUCAUUGAUAGAGUAGCUAUAUAUCUUCACAGUUAACAUAGUAAUUAUCUGUCAUCAUGUUGCACCAAUUGUGAAUCGACUUAUGCUAAAAAUCCUCAAAUCAGCUAUUCACAAAUUGCAAGUUGGACAGCGAAUGGCUAAGGUUCUCAGGCAGGGAACUUGACUGUCUGCAUUUGAGGCAAGGUGCCAUCCGCUGCCCACAACUUGGACCACCCCUUACCCUGCUGUUGUGCAGCCCACUGAGGGAGAGCAGGGCAUGUCAAAUCAGUCAGGGAGUGAGAGAGAGCAUAAGAAGCAGACUGUUUUUUUCUAAGCAAGCCUGCACCCCAAGGGCUGAAAAUCUGACUUUGUCAGCUUAAGAGCAUGUCACUUUAAAGGGACAGUCUACAAUAUAAUUUUUAUUGUUUUAAAAAAUAGAUAAUCCUUUUAUUACCCAUUCCCCAGUUUUGCAUAACCAACACAGUUAUAUUAAUAUACUUUUUACCUCUGUGUUUACCUUGUAUCUAAGAAUCUUUUGACUGCUCCCUGAUCACAUGACUGUAACUGUUUAUUAUCUAUUGUCUUAAAUUUAGCAUUGUGUUGUGCUAAAUCUUAAAUAACCCCCCGUGUCUGAACACAGUGUUAUCUAUAUGGCCCACAUGAACUAACAAGUCUCUUGUUGUGAAAAGCAAUUUAAAAAGCAUGUGAUAAGAGGCUGCCUUCAAGGGCUUAGAAAUUAGCAUAUGAGCCUAUCUAGGUUUAGUUUCAAGGGAACAAAGCAAAAUUGAUGAUAAAAGUAAACUGGAAAGUUGAUUAAAAUUACCUAUCUGAAUAAUGAAGAUUUAAUUUUAACUAGAUUGUCCCUUUAAAAUUAAAGUGCAAUUCUCUGUGUUUACUUGUACAAGUACCACUCGAGAUCUGCAGAGCACUGCUGGUACAGAGAGAAAACUGACCUAAUCAGCAGUGCUAGUUGCAUGACAAAGCUGAUUAGGGGGUGCAGGGUCGCUAAUCUUACAAUGACAUUCUCUAUUGAAUUAGAGUAUGUCAUUUUUCAACUAUAAUGACCCUUUAAUAAAUUGAGGCCACAAAGCCAUUCUUCACAGA